UUCUGUCUGGAUCUUCAGCAGCACAGUCGAAGCCGCGACUCCCGCUGCAUGUACACAUCCAGCCGCCGUACCUCCUCCUCUCCUUCGCUCUCCUCCUCCUUUUCCUCCCCUCUCUCUCUCUCGCUCUACUCCACUCCAGCUGCAUCUAACUGCGUGCAAUUCACGCAGCACCUUAUUCCUAUUCUCCUCCCCUGUUGUUCCACAGAGCUUUGAUCGACCAUGACCGAAACGGAGAGCAGGAGUCAACACGGAGAGAAGCGACAGAACGGCGACGCCGCGACCGAGGUGUCCACGGUGGAGGAUGUUUUUGACGACACGUUUAAAAACAAAGACGGUCCCAAACCGCCGAGAAUACCGGUGUGGAGGAACAUCAUCCUUAUGUCGCUCCUACAUGUUGCUGCACUUUAUGGACUGACCCUCGCCCCCUCCGCGUCGGCGCCAACUCUUGUGUGGAGUACAGUGUGCUACCUCAUCAGUGCUCUCGGCGUGACGGCUGGUGCUCACAGAUUAUGGAGCCACAGGACCUACAAGGCUUCUGUUCCGCUGAGUAUAUUUCUUGCCAGUGCCAACUCAAUGGCCUUUCAGAAUGACAUAUACGAGUGGGCGAGGGACCACAGGGUCCACCACAAGUACUCUGAAACAGACGCGGACCCUCACAAUGCCACCAGGGGGUUCUUUUUCUCGCACAUCGGCUGGCUGCUCGUCCGCAAACACCCCGAUGUCAUCGAAAAGGGACGGAAGCUGGACCUGUCCGACCUGAAGGCGGAUAAAGUGGUGAUGUUUCAGAGACGACACUACAAAAUGUCAGUGUUGAUCUUCUGCUUCCUCGUGCCCACCCUGGUGCCCUGGUACUUUUGGGGUGAAUCUCUGCUGGUGGCCUACUUCGUCCCUGGCCUGCUGAGAUACGCUGUGGUGCUCAAUGCCACAUGGCUGGUCAACAGUGCCGCUCACAUGUGGGGCAUGAGACCCUACGACAAGACCAUUAACCCCCGGGAAAACCCUCUGGUCGCAAUCAGUGCCAUGGGCGAAGGCUUCCACAACUACCACCACACGUUCCCCUUCGACUACGCCACCGGUGAAUUUGGAUGGAAGCUGAACCUCACCACCGCCUUCAUAGACCUCAUGUGCUUCUUGGGUCUGGCCACGGAUCGCAAGAUGGUGUCUAAGGCGACCGUCCACGCUCGUGUCCAGCGAACAGGUGACGGCAGCAACAAAAGUGGCUGAGCGGCCGAUAACAUCAGACUGUGCUGUUGUGAUAUGGACAGGAGGUAGCAACAGGUAUAGCAGCAUUUCAGUGGCGCGGUGGUGAUUACCUUCCUUUCUGAUUCUAAGUUAAACCUCUUCCUGAGUAUAAUACCGGACUUGUAAACCUUUUCAUAAAUCGCGUGUGGGUCUCUUAUAUUUCCACCGUCAUCCACAGCCAUUGACAUGGUGACAAAUGCAAGCACAGCUUUAUAUUUUCCAACAGCCACAGAGAGAAUGAAAAAAAAGUGCAGACUCAGAUAUCGUUCUUUUAAUUGACAGUGGUGCGAGGGACAGGCUGGGGGGGGGGGGGGGGGGGGUGAGUGAAAGUGUAAAAGCCUGACAAAUUGCAGAAUAAUUUACUAUAUCUAUUUAUUAAUGUGCUAUUUAUUAACAGUCUUUAGCACCUGGAGAGCUUUAUUGAAACUAUGUGCGCGUGUGGUUUUUUGUUUUUUGUUUUUUUUUGGGUCAUGUGAGACUGAGGGCCUGUCACUCAAACUUCUGUCAGUUAGUGCUGUGUUUGGUUCAAGAGAAGGUCGAGGUUGGUCUUGGGGAGGUUUUUGACUUUUUUUCAGUUGAGGUGGUCUGUGUGUUUUCUGUAAGUCUUUAGACUCACCACACAGACGAUGUUGUACGGACGGGUUCUCACCCACUGGUCUGUGGAACCGUCCGGCCGCUCAGCUCUCAGUCAGUGAGUAUCACUGGAGGUUCUCUGGUGUCGGAAGAGUUGGUGUUUAAAGUUCAACACCCUGUAAAACAAUAACACCAAGGUUUUUUUUCAAUUUGUCAUUAUUGUAUCCCAAAUAAUAAACAUCCUAAAGUGGCUCCACCUGCUGGCAGAGAUGGCCGAUGGGUUUUUUCGUAAACCAAGCGCCCAUCUCUGCUGGAGUUGGCUUUAUUUUGGUAAGGGCACUGUUGGCGAUGCCCAGCAUUUUCCUUGCCAAUGUACUGUCUAUGGCAGUGACCGUAAACUGGCGGCCUGCAGGCUGAAUCUGGCCCACUGAACCGUCAAAAUCGGCCGACGACUGUAUUCCAAAAUAGUGAAAAUGUCGUGUGGUCCCCGCUAUUAAAGCAACUGAAAAAUCAACUGGGACUUCAGUAAUCAGCACCAUUUAUGACUCUAUUUAAAAAAUUAAAAUAAAAUUCCCCUUUUUUUCUGUCCAACCUCCAAGGUGUCUGUCCAGACAGAGACACAGUUUAGUUUCCAAAACACUAGUCCAAUUUUUUAAGUUAAUUUUUCUAGUGUUUUGAUAAAAUACAGUUAAGUUGUGGAGGAUUAUGGUGGAAUGGAAGACGAUCCAAAAUCAGAUAUCAUUGGUGUCAUUGUUUAACACUAAAACGCAGCAUUUUCACAGGGGUGUGUGGACUCUUCACACCCACUGCACUGUGCUGCGUGGGGAUUGAGCUGCAUCGCACUUUUUUUUUGUAAAACACUCGUAUGAAUUCCCCUUUCCCCCAGAUAAGGCAAUCGAGUCACGUGUAAAAGUUGUCUUUUUACCCUAAUGUUUUCUGGGAUUUCAUCAACCCAGUGUUGCCAGAACUUCAGCCAAAAUGCCUUAUAAAGGUUGCACUUUUUGUUUUUUUCUUUUUUUUUUUUUUCGGAGAAAUUAGGUCUGAGAGUCGUGGAUGUGAUUCAGUCUCAUCACGACUGUGCAGCAAGUUUACAAACAAACCCCAAAAACCAUUUUCGCCCCUUGCUUUUAAUGAAAAUAAGGGAAACAAGUCUUUAUUACAGUGAUUGAAGUCAAAUCCAGAUCUAUUUAUACUAUAAAAAAAGUACACAGUACUGCCGUUGUACGUGUCAGUUUUCCUCUUUUACAGAGGAGCCACUGUUUUUGCGGUGUUACCUUCUUGAAAGGCCUUAAAAUGGCACUUUUUUCAAAGAAUGUUUUUGUCCCGAGUUGGGUUUCAUGAAGAAGAAGACAAAAAAAAAGAGAACUACAAAUUUUAUACUUGUGACAAAGUAUGUUUGUUUGGUUUUGUUGGAAUAUUCUAAUGCUCCUUAUUUGUAUCCUGAAUAAUAAAUAAAUAUGAUCGCACCAUAUCAUACCAUCAUA